AUGUUGUUAUUUUUUGAUAGGAAGAAUCCCUGGGUAGUGGCCAAAAAAGACGAACACAUCCUUACCAGCCGAGCAAUGAGUUUCGCGCUAGAUAACCUAUUGAAUAAAGAAUGGCGGCGCCCAAAAUUUUUUCCGGAGGACAUCUAUGAACCCUAUCAUCGAAGAACUGGGGUUCCAUGGGACUACGAACUCCACAAGCGUCGAUUCUACCCCUAG